AUGGAGGUCGAGAGCAAGCGAGCGAAUACAAGGCUGCAAAAAGAAGGAGGAAGGCUGUUCUGUUAUAUUGAGUCAGAUUUAAAGGCGUGCCAGGACAGGCGAAGGUCGAUAUCGAAGAUAUGGCAAGAUAACGACGCAGAGCGGGACGAAGAAGAAGGGGAAAGCGAGAUGUGGGAGUUGGAGAGCAAGAUGCAAGAACGGGAGCCAGAAGGGAAACGAAGAGAGAGCUGGUCCUCUGUCUACUCGAAAAAGAGGUAUGCAAAUGCAGUGUGCAUGGCGUGGGAGAGAAAAAAGGAGCCGGAGGGUAGCUGCAUGAGAAAGCGAAGAACUGAAAAGGCGGUGGCCUUUGCUAUCGUCGCUGUGCCGAAAGUCUCGCGCUUCAGUCUUGUUGUGGCAGAGAGAGCAAGGAGGGCACAGGAAGAGAGUGUGAGUUCGAGAAGAACGGAUGAAUGUACCGGCUCAUCGGACUGA